UGGCGACCCAAGGACCAAGAGAGAACCAAAAAUAAAUCUCACAAAACAAAUUAAUACAAACUACUACUAUAUACUAUUAUUAUUUAAAAAAGAAUAUGAGAAAAAGAAAUUGAAAGCUAAAAAAAGAAACAGUAGUGCAGAGGGCAGACCGUACGGUAUUCCUGAAGAGCGAAAGAAGAGAGAGAGAGAGAGAGAGACCGACCAAAGAAGAAGCUCCUCUCAAUCACUGUCGAAGCAUCUCUUCUUCUUCUUCUUCUUUUUUUCUUCUCUCUCAGAGCUUUUCUAAUCGGCUUCUCCGGUAAAUCUCUGUCGAUCCACCGAUGAGCUUUUGACAUUUACUCUCUUAUUAGUUUCUUCUAGUUUGGUGAGAGGAGUUUUUACUAGUAUCUUUUUUACUGUACACCAAAUCCCUAAAUUUAAGGACAUGUAUGCUCGCAAUCCUCCCCUCAAUGGCUCACAAUCUGCUCAAGCUCCCGACUGGACCCCUGCAGAUGCCGAUACCGGACUCCAAGAAUCGAUGUGGCGAUUAGGGUUGGGUAGCGACUCGUACCCUGAGAGACCAGGUGCUCCUGACUGUGCCUACUACAUGCGAACUGGUGUCUGUGGCUACGGUAAUAGAUGUCGUUACAAUCACCCUCGCGAUCGUGCCUCGGUAAUUUCUUCCUCUCAUUCAUUCUUCUUUCUUAUUAUUGUUCUGAAACCAUCCAUACUAGGAGGACACAAUCAAAUGCUUCUCUCUGUUUUUUCCGCAAUGUGGGUGAUCACUGGCCUUAUAGAGUCUCUCUAAACUGGGGAAAUUGUUAAGCUUUACUGGUUUCAGUUGUUGUGCUUUACGUCACGUUUUUUUUUGUCUUAUGCAUUGACUCUACCCGGUGUUUCCCUGUAUUUACUGAUACCUUUGUAUGCUCUUGUAAAAGCUUAUCAUUUUGUCAUCUUAGCUUGGCCACAGUUUACUAUUUUCUCAUGUUGAUUCAUGUAUAGGUUGAAGCAACUGUUAGAGCUACCGGGCAGUAUCCUGAACGUUUUGGUGAACCCCCAUGCCAGUUUUACUUGAAAACUGGAACUUGUAAAUUUGGGGCGUCAUGCAAAUUCCACCAUCCAAAGAAUGCAGGUGGAUCCAUGAGCCACGUUCCACUAAAUAUAUAUGGAUACCCUGUACGAGAGGGUGAUAACGAAUGCUCCUACUAUUUGAAAACGGGGCAAUGCAAAUUUGGUAUAACCUGUAAAUUUCAUCAUCCUCAGCCUGCUGGUACUACUGUCCCACCACCACCAGCAUCUGCACCUCAGUUUUAUCCAUCGGUGCAGUCACUUAUGCCUGACCAGUAUGGAGGUCCAUCUUCUAGCUUGAGAGUUGCAAGAACUCUUCUUCCUGGUUCUUAUAUGCAAGGCGCCUAUGGUCCAAUGCUAUUAACCCCCGGGGUCGUUCCUAUUCCAGGCUGGAGUCCUUACUCGGCACCUGUGAGCCCUGCUCUAUCUCCUGGUGCGCAGCACGCUGUUGGGGCAACUUCUUUAUAUGGAGUUACACAGCUCACUUCCACCACUCCUUCGCUUCCCGGGGUUUAUCCAUCUCUGUCCUCUCCUACAGGUGUUAUACAGAAAGAACAGGCCUUUCCAGAGAGACCUGGUGAACCAGAGUGCCAAUACUAUUUGAAAACAGGAGAUUGUAAGUUUGGAACAUCUUGUAAGUUUCAUCAUCCUCGAGAUCGGGUUCCACCAAGAGCGAAUUGCGUCCUCAGCCCCAUUGGUCUUCCUCUACGCCCGGGUGUGCAACGGUGCACUUUCUACGUACAAAACGGCUUCUGUAAGUUUGGAUCAACAUGUAAGUUUGAUCAUCCAAUGGGAACGAUCAGAUACAAUCCUUCUGCGUCCUCUCUAGCUGAUGCACCGGUGGCUCCUUACCCAGUGAGCUCUCUCUUGGGUGCUCUGGCAGCUGCCCCUUCUUCUUCAUCGACAGAGCUCAUAGCAGGCGGUGCAAAAGAUGCUUACAUGACCGGUGUGCCUACAUCAAGAAGCACAUCAAACAUCUCGGCAGGUUUGAUUUUCUCCCAGAGCGGUGGGUCAAUUCCAUUCUCAGAGCUGCAACUCUCGAGCCAGAGCUCUCUUCCUCUAACAGGUAGCAGAAUCACAAGACAAGGGCGUGAAAUUCGUCGAUCCUUUUGAAUAGAUCACCUCAGAAAAGGGUACGCAUACGCAGGUCCUCUGGAUCACCUUUUAGCAAUUCUUAAUCUAUAUGACUAUUAUUAUAUAGAAGCAUGUGAUGUGAAUUUAUAUAUAUAAUCUUCGUACCUUGAGAAGAAGAAAAAGCCUAUUUGAGUAGAAGACCUGAGUGAGAAUCACAUAUAUCUGAGAGGAAAUCUAUAUGUGCAUAUACCAAAAAAGAUAACAAGAAAAGGCUUCUUCUUUUUUUUUUUGGAAUUUGUGUAUAAUGUUUGUAUAGAGACAGACAAGGUUUCUUUGUCUUGUCCGUACUUCUACUUCAGACCCAUUCCGGCUGAGACACAAAAACAAAAAAAAAAAAACUGAGACAAAGAACUCAAUUCUCCUCUUCUUUUAGUCUGCCAAUUGGUGUACUUCUCGUGUGUUAAGGUUUGUUCUUAUUGUAGAUGAAUGAUGUGUGUUGUUAAUUUUGUUAUGUUACUGCUUCACACAUUACAUGUGUUAUGGUGAUGAAACAACCUACAUUUCAAGACUAGUUUUGAAGGUUG